UGUAAUUGGAAAACUUCUUGCCUACAUGAGCCUUGUUCCUCUUAUCAUUCUGGUUGGAUUUGUGACUUUACUUCUUUUCAGAAGAGAGCUUCAUACAAUUACAUUCUUUGGUGGUAUAGUUUUGAGCGAAGGGGUUAAUUGGGUAGCAAAACACACCAUUCAAGAACCUAGACCAUGUAGGGGUGCUGAUACAUUACAUGCUGGUCUACGGACAGAGUAUGGAAUGCCAUCAAGUCAUUCACAAUUCAUGUGGUUUUUUGCUACUUACACAGUGCUAUUUAUUUACAUAAGACUACAUCAACCCAACAGUAAUCUAUAUAUUGAGCAGGUGUGGAGGCAUAUGGCAGCCAUUGGGGUUAUACUUUGUGCAUUACUAGUGUCUGGUAGCAGGGUGUAUCUGAAGUAUCACACAUUGCGACAGGUUGUAUGUGGAGGCCUAUUGGGAAUACUAUUGGCUGUGCCUUGGUUUACUAUCACGCAGGUGGUUCUAACACCGCUAUUUCCUUACCUGGUGUCCUGGCCUAUUUGUGAGUUUUUCCUGAUCCGUGACUCAACCCUCAUUCCCAACGUGCUCUGGUUUGAAUAUACCACUGCAAGGACAGAAGCCAGGACGAGGCAGAGGAAGCUCGGAAACAAGAUGUCAUGACGGAGCAUUUGAUUUGAAACCCGCUGCUCCCUCUGAUCGACCUGACAGUGACUGUGUGUACAUUCUGCUAAUCAGCCCGAUGACCGAAUCAAACAGUCCUAUUAAGCACGCAUUGGCGAUAUUUAACACUUUUAAUCUCAUUGACGAGAGAGCUGGCACUUCAUCAAUGUAUUUUACAUAUAUGAGAAGUAUUUUUUAUGUAAGAGAAGAUAUUAUCAUAUAAUAUUAUGCAUUCUCUUGAUUGAUUAUUAUCAAGAAAGUAAUGAAGAAUAGACAUGUGAACUAAAGGCAACUUGUCAAAGGUCUUUGCUGCGUCUUUCAGUAGUAUAAAGGCAGCCUGCUUUUAUAGCAGCUAUCCCGUAUUCCCCAUUAUUGUGUUAAUGAUGAAAUGUGAGGUUUGGUAAUGAAAAGCUGCUUGUGACAUUUCCUGUCAAAAAGACGUAGCUCUGUGACUUUUGACAAGGUGCCUGUAGUGAUUCAGUUUAAGGGGAGUCCAACCCAAAUAAAAACUUGUUUUUUAAAGGAAAAUGAAAAAUCAGACAAGUUGAUAGGUGGAAGUUUGAACAAUAUCGCAUAAACAAUUAGAAAGUUAUGAAUUUUUAAAAGUUGUAAAAAUUGGUAAUUGCUAUACCCAUGGAGACUUCAAAUUUGCCGCAUAGGUGAUGUUAUAGUGAUGUAAGGCAAGGACUACUCUUCCAUGUACUAUAAUACAUAAAAUGUCAAAAAAAAAAUCAAAAGUUCAAAUUCUGUUUUUCUUUCAUGAGGACAUAAAACAACAAACUACCUGGGUUAUAUUUAGAUUACUGCCCCAGGGGAAUGGGUACUUAGGAGAAAACCACAAAUCCCUGAUAAUAAAGUACAUGGCCUAUGGGAAAGUUAUCCUUGGCCCUUGUCAUAAUUUACUUAACCAGUUGCCAAUUUGAAGUCUAUAUAGUCUUAGGGAUCUCAAUUUUAAAGCAGCCAUAACUUUCUUAUUGCUUGUCCGAUUUUUUUCAAACUUUUAUCAUUGUGUUUUAUUUAUUUUUCUUUCCAACACAACAUUUAUGACCAAGGCUGGAUUCCCCUUUAAAGGACAAGUCAACCCCAACAAAAAGUUGAUUUGAAUAACAAGAGAAAAAUACAACAAGCAUAAUGCUGAAAAUUUCAUCAAAAUCUGAUGUAAAAUAAGAAAGUUAUGACAUUUUAAAGUUAAGCUUAUUUUUCACAAAAUAGUUAUAUGCACAAUUUAGUCACAUGCAAUUGAGAGAAUCGAUGAUGUCCCUCACUAUUUCUUUUGUUUUUUAUUGUUUAAAUAAUACAAUAUUUCAAUUUUUACAGAUUUGACAAUAAGGACCAACUCGACUGAACCAUAUAAUGUUAAACAAUGGUAAUUCCACAUGUUUAGUGAGAAAUAAAACUUUGUUUCACAGGACAAUGAGGAGAAAAUGAGAAUAUUUCUUAUGAUAAAAUACAAAAGAAAAAGUGAGUGAGUGAUGUCAUCAGUUCCCUCAUUUGCAUACCGACCGGGAUGUGCAUAUAACUAUUAUGUGAAAUUAAACAAAACUUUAAAAUGUCAUAACUUUCUUAUUUUACAUCCGAUUUUGAUGAAAGUUUCAGUGUUAUGCUUGUUAGAUUUUUCUCUUUUUAUUCAAAUCAACUUUUUGUUUGGGUGGACUUUUCCUUUAAGGGAUCAUAUUUCUUUCCUGGUUAAACCUAGCAAAGAAGCUAUUUAUCCAUCAUAAUAGAGUUCAUUUACAUUACUUGUUACUAUGGCUUGUUGACUUUAGGCAAGCCUUUUGAAUGUCCAUGGUAUGACAUAAAAAUAUUUUGCGGAGUUGAAAAGUUAAUUAUUAAUUGUUGAUCAUUAAAAGAUGAAUUUUUAAAAAAUCAUUGGAAUUUUUAAAGCCAUGAUGAUCAAUUAUUUGAAAGGCUGUUGUUCGUACAGUACAGUGCUUGCCAUACAUCAAAUUUGUGAUUUGUGAAGCCAUACUAAACAAACUGCUUUAUGAGCCUCACCCCCCCCCCCCCUUAAUUGCGUUUUCAGCAAUUGAUUUUAUUUUACUGCUUUCAAAUAAGCUCACAAAUUUCAACUAGGAUUUUUGCGUGGAUCAGGGCUUUGGCUUCAAAUUGGUUUUGAUUUAUUAGUUUGAAAUCAAUACAUGUGAGAAGCAAAAGUGAGAAAAUCAUGUUGUGCACAUGAGCUGGCAUUCUCAGUUGACCUGAGAUUACUUCUCAAACCACACUCUUAUGAAGUGCCGAUGUUUAACUACUUCACCUAGUACAGGGGUCCAUUGCAGACAGAACUGUGUUAAUGCAACCAACAAAAGUUUUAGCACAACUAAAAAAAAAGUUUUUUGCAAGUUCCAAGUACAGGUUUUGAUUGGUUUAAUAAUGUUGCAUUUGAUCUUUGGAGUUGUAUUUAAUUUGAUUUCUUUCUCUAACGGACCCCAGAUUCAUGGUAAUCAUGAAGUGGAAAAUGUCCAAGAUAAAUUUUGAAAUGAAAGGGGAAUAAAAGGAUAAGAAUUUCAUUGAUUGUCAUG